AAGGCUAUUAGUAGCUGUGAGCUGUCAAUCAGCGCGGCCCGCCCAGGUGCUCCGCAGACGGGAAGCGCUUAUGUGUUUCGCAGCCUCCCCCAGCAGCUGUGCAGUGGGAUCUCUGUGGCUUCACGCAGGACCACCAAACGACAAAAAGGGCCAAAAAUGUAAAGGAUUAAGCAGCUUUGCAUCGCUUGGUUAAAGUAUGUGUGCUUUGGAAGCCUUAAAAAAGAAAGAAAGAAAGAAAAGAAACAAUGCGUAAAGUUGCAGCUGCGCACCACGGACGUCCAGUAAUCUGUGCGUAAAAGUGAGAGACGCUGAGGAGAGAAGUAAAACUUCGGCGGGGGAUUUUUAUUUCUUCCAGCGAAAUGGAUACGAAAGGCUGAGAAGGAAGGAAGGAAUUUUUAUUAUUAUUGUUGUUGUUAUUUACUCUGAUGUGGAGCGUUAAAGCUGCUAAAAGGGACACGCUCUGUGAAUCUGUCCGCUAUGCAGACUUGAGGUAAAAAGUAGGACAUCGCCGCUCUACAACUUUUUCCUGCCAUGCAUCUGUUAUGAUCGACCUCAGCUCUGAGGCUCUCUGAUGCCACAGCUCCAGCGGAGUCUGGAGUCACCUUUUACCGCUUACACCCAGCAGUCUACCUCUCACCAUCACUAUCGGCAUGGACGAAAGCGUUGAGAACUUAGCUGGCAACCGCUGCGCGGACGCGGAGAGCGUCGGCCUCAGCGUGCUCAACUGGGAGCAAGUGCAGCGGCUGGACGCAAUCCUGACGGGCUCAAUACCCAUCCACGGCCGGUGGAGCUUCCCCACUCUGGAGGUGAAGCCGCGGGACAUCGUUAAUGUUGUCCGUAGCCGCAUGGAGGAGAAGAGGAUACACGUCCGGGAGGUGCGCCUGAACGGAUCCGCGGCCAGCUACGUCUUGCAUGAGGAUAGCGGUCUGGGAUGGAAAGAUUUGGACUUAAUAUUCUGCGCGGACCUGAAGGGAGAGUUGGAGUUUCAGUUAGUAAAAGAAUUGGUCCUGGACUCUCUUCUGGACUUUCUGCCUGAAGGGGUAAAUAAAGAGAAGAUCACACCUCUAACCUUAAAGGAAGCUUAUGUUCAGAAGAUGGUGAAGGUUUGCAAUGACUCAGACCGCUGGAGUCUUAUCUCGCUCUCCAACAACCACGGCAAAAACGUGGAGCUGAAGUUCGUGGACUCUCUCCGCCGGCAGUUUGAGUUCAGCGUGGACUCCUUCCAGAUCCGCCUGGACUCCCUCCUCCUCUUCUACGAAUGCUCCGAACACCCCAUGGCCGCCACCUUCCAUCCGACGAUCAUCGGCGAGAGCGUCUACGGAGAUUUCCCCACCGCACUCGAUCACCUGCAGAAGCGGCUCAUCUGCACCCGGAGCCCCGAGGAGAUCCGGGGUGGCGGUCUCCUCAAGUACUGCCACCUGCUGGUGCGAGGUUUCCGCGCAGCGUCCGACGCGGAGAUGAAACUGCUGCAGCGGUACAUGUGCUCCCGCUUCUUCAUAGAUUUCCCCGACAUCGGUGAGCAGCGGAGGAAGCUGGAGUCCUACUUGCAGAACCACUUUGUGGACCUGGAGGAGAGGAAGUAUGACUAUUUGGCCACGCUGUAUGAUGUGGUCAGGGAGAGCACGGUGUGUUUGAUGGGACACGAGAGGCGCCAGACGCUCAGCCUCAUCUCGUCGCUGGCACUUCGAGUCCUGGCUGAGCAGAACGCCAUUCUCAACGCUGCCAAUGUAACCUGCUUCUACCAGCCGGCUCCUUAUGUGUCAGAUGGCAACUUCAGCAACUACUAUGUAGCGCAGGUUCAGCCGAUCUACUCUUGUCCACUUUCACCUUCCCAGCAGUACUUUACUCCUUUGCAACAUUCCUGGUAUGCCACCUGGAUGCCCUGUAACUAAACUUCCUGGAUGCCCAUGUAGUUUUGUGGAACUCGUGUCUGCAUGGCAAGAAUGCAUCUUCUUGUCUUUAGUGUGAAACGAAACUGUUCCCUGGGUCAGGGUGCACAGAGAGAGAGGACUUAAAACUGAUUGGUUUGUGGGUUUGGUAGAUCAAAUGUCUGCUGAACCACGAAGCCCUUCAAGAUACGAUAACUUUGUUAAUUUUCCACAGCUUACAGGAAGUUGCAUGCACAUCUGAGCAUUAAAAACCCAGAAUAUUCAUCUCAUCGAAACAAAAGGCACCAGAGUAGCCUGGUGAAAAUAUGGAUUCAUUCACAUGGUUUCUUCUGCUCUGUGCAUGUGUUGGUGUGUGUGUGCAUGCGAGUGUGUCUGUUUGGGUGUGUAAGAGUCUUUACGCAGGCAAUGCAAAAAAGAGGAACUGGGUACUGUUUACAAAUCCAAAGAUCUGCUCUAAUGCUCAAGUUUUCUAAAAAUCACGCAGUAAAAAAAAAAAAGAACCAACAAAACAAUGCAUGUUUUAUUUCUGUGCGGGAAUUGUUUUAAAGUGCCUAUACCAAGCCAAAAAAUAAAUAAAAUAAAAAAAUAAACAUUUUUAGGAUUCAUUAUUACAGAAAAGUAUCUUGAACUUAACAUGAUACUGAAUGUAUUUAUGGAAUUGAGAAAAAUUCUCAAGGCUGAGUCAGGUCUCUUACACUGAGGGAGCUUUUGGAGCAACCCCCUUUUUUAAACAAGGAGUUUCUGAAGACUCUGCUCAUCAGCACUUCUGCAGUGCAAUUGUGUUGUGAUUACCAAAGAGGAAGUAACAUCAUGAUCUCAUUUUCCGCAGAAGUCGCUUGACGGGGGCAUGGGGGGUGGGUUGGAUCAAAAUCUUAGUAAAAUAGAUCUCAAUAAAUGAUAGCCGAAAGAAAGAGGCUUGGAUGCAAAACAGCAAAUAUUGAGACAACAUAAUAAGUAUCUAAAUUAAAAUGAAAGUGGAUUAAUGCAUGUAAACAAAAGGGGUAUGAUUUAAUUGCUUUCUAAGAGACAUAAAAUGGUACAAUAAGAAACACAUGCCCAUUUAGUGUAAGUUUCAUCAGUGCACUUCUCUUAUUUUUGCUCUGUAAUGAGAAUGCAUUUAAAUAAGUCAACAUGGUGGUAUUUUUACAAUGCAAAAAGUAAAUAACAAUGAAUGUUUACAUAUAUGUAAAGGUACAGCUGGGUAACCAAAAUGUUUUUAAAAAGCAGUCAAGCAAAAGAUCAGAAACUAAAUAAUACAAUACACUUUCCAUUCAUGAUUUAACAAGAGAUAAAGCAAAUGAGGCAGAUCCAUAUAAAAUGACACUGGAAAGUUGUGAAAACAUUGUGAAUUUAUAUAAUCAUAUUUAAAACAUUUUUUUCCCCAAUAUUUAGCAGUAAAACUACAAGUAUUUAACAAUUUUGUAUCAUGGGACAUUUGUUGCACUUGAUCAUCUCAAUACAUCUGGCCCUCAGGAACAAUCUGCAAACAGAAAAUACAAAAUAUAUAUAUAUAUUUUUUUCAUAUCAAUCAGUGGAACAAGUUCAGAGGCAAAAAUGCUUCUCACUAGACAGCAAAGUGCAAGGAACUGCAUUUAUUCAGCCAUAUGCAACGUAUUCCUUUACGUCACAGGUGUCAAGCUCCAGUCCUGGAGGGCAACCGCCCUGCAACUUUUAGAUGUGCCUCUGCUGCACCACACCUGAAUAGAAUAAUUGGGUCAUUAGCAAGGCUCUGGAGAACUGAUCUACACAAGAAGGAGGUAAUUAAGCCAUUUCAUUCAGUGUUUUGUACUUGUGGCACAUCUAAAAACUGCAGGAUAGCGGCCCUUCAGGACUGGAGUUUGACAUUCCCGCUUUAAGUCAUUCUUUACCUGAAUUGUGUUUUGUAACUGGCACUAUCUCACUGAGAUGGUGUCUCAAAUACCAACUACAAAUUCAUAUUUGAAAAAUCAGUUACAAAUUUCAUAAUGCAUCACUCUCUUUUUGAAAAUACAGCUACCACCAGAUACCGGCAGUCUCAUAAGCACAAAUGCUUCUCUCAAUAAAACUUGCCCAUUACUAAAAAGGCAAAUUCAGUGCAGUAGUUACAUUAAGGUACUGCAGUUGUACUGCUGCUAACACACAAUAGUUACUGAAGCAUACCGGUACCAUUAAAUAUCAAAGAACCAUUGUAGAACAAAGCUGUCCAAAAAGCAACAGUAACAUUCUUUUUGAUUCUGCCUGGUUAUAGGGUUUGCCAACAUAAUCGUAGACAGAUAGACAGACAGACAGGCAGACAGACAGACAGAGAUCAUAUGUGAUCUUAAAAAGAUCGAGAGCAGGAUUUGAAGAAAUGGUCUUCAUAUGUAAACUAGCAACUUCAUAAACUUCACCGCUAAAUAGAGAGAUAAAAAUAAAUUCCUGAUUUAAGGAACAAUCCUGUUUCCUUUUAAGUGUAUGUUUAGACCAUUUUUGCCUCCUGGCUUGUUUUUCCACUGACUUAACCUUAUGAACUGAGGUAAAAACAAAGAUUAAAAUGGCCCCAUGACAUAUGAAUGCACUCAUAAAGACAAAGAAGAGUCAGGAUUUGAGGGCUUUAGCUGAUGAGGAGGACGUUCGAUGAGUGGAAAAAGCGCGUAGCGCUCAGGAUAUUUCAACGGCAACAACUGGCUUUGGUCCUGUGCUGGAUUUGUCUGACCCUCAUGAAAAAAACACAGGUGCAGACAUUCAAAAUUUUAAAAAGCACUCAGCAAAUUUUCCAAAACAUGUCAGAACUCCUAUUUUUAUAUGUUGUGAUCUCAAUUUUUUGUACAGAACGUGUCGGGGCUGGGGUAGCAGGCCGUGUGAUGUAUGUUUUUUUGUGUAAGUUUUACUUCAGAUGAUGAAGAGCAGCACAGCUGAAUGGAGGUUUUAUUGAAUUAAAGUACAUGUUUUGUUUUGUUCAUGUGUGUGUGUGUGUGUGUGUUUCUGAAUCGGGGUGUGUGUGCGUGUGUGCGCGCUCUGAGGUGUUGUGGACUUGUGCCGUUCAGACAAAACAAUGAUGAUCUGACAGCUGUUCAGGUGUCAAGUUGACUGACUUGGUCAAUAAAAUCAAAAAUUACUUGUUUCAUCUAAA